AUGGCUCUCCCACCUAAAUUCGCAGGUCAGAGAUUCUUGGCUUCGGCGUCGGAGGCUCCGGCUCAGGCAUCGCAUACGUUGGAGUUGUAUUUGGAUUAUGUUUGUCCGUUCUCGGCCAAAAUGUUCAACACAGUUUACGCUUCUGUAAUUCCCCUAAUCAAACAAAAAUACGCAUCAAAAGUCCAAAUUAUCUUUCGUCAACAAAUUCAACCAUGGCAUCCAAGUAGUACCUUAGUUCACGAAGCCGGUGUCGCUGUCCUAACCCUCUCACCCCAAAAGUUCUAUCCUUUCUCCGCCUCUCUUUUCAAGCAACAAAAUGAUUUCUUCGACACAAAUGUCGUUAAUGAAACACGUAAUGCAACAUACAAACGUCUCGCGAAGAUUGGAGGAGAAGCAGGAAUCGACGAGGAGAAAAUGUAUGACCUGCUUAAGAUUGAUAAUAAGCCAGGUCCAGAUGGUAGUAUGAACUCCGGAAAUGGGGUUACGAAUCAACUUAAGGUGUUGGUUAAGAUGAAUAGAUUGGUAGGGAUUCAUGUUACACCCACGGUUGUUUUCGAUGGGGUUGUAGAGAACUCAAUCAGCAGCUCCUUCACUGUUGAUCAGUGGGAAGAAUGGUUGGACAAGAACGUUGCAUGA